UAUGAUGUAAUAUGUAACAUUAAAAUCACAGAAACAACGCUCACUGAUUACCAAUCCAUCGUUUUUUGGACUCCUCAUUCACACAAGGCUAAACUAAACUAAACACCUCUCUCUGCAAAACAAAACAAAACAAAGUUACUCUCUUCCUUCCCACGAAUCUCUGCCACAUAGCACAUAACACUGAACAUAUCAACCUAAGACCUGCCUCUGAUUCUGAGUAACAAAAGGCUUUGGCUCUUUUAACACAUUGGUGAACCUUUGUACACAACACUUUUGCUCAUAUCUAAAGCAUCCUAGCAGCUUAAAAAAGGGAGACUAACCAUCCAGAAAAACUGUAUGGUAGAGCUUUAUGCAUUUGAUGAAAGGGUGACCAGGAACUGCUAGGAAUACAAUUACAAAGUUUGACCACUCAUUGUUCUGAUAACUUUUCUCCACUAAGUAAAUAAUUUCUUUUUAGAUGCAAACUUCUCAGAAGCACCCAACUUCAGCUGGUAUCCAUUUAUACCACCAGCCUGCACAAGAUAUUGAUCCCUACACUCAUUACCAAAUACUACAAAGCAAUUCAUGCCAUGAAAUCCAUGAUAAUAGCAGCAGCCAGGGAACCACUAUUUCUUUUGAAACCAGCAAGGAUCAAUACUUUACCCUUGAAUCAUCCCCAGUAAUCAAUGAUCUCAUAGGUUGUGAUUCUCCUUCCUAUGCUAGUGUGUCAUCUAAUAGGAGUCCUUUUUCUCCACAAGCUUCUCAUUCAUACCAUUCUGACCAGCAUCAGUCAUCAGACAACACAUAUGGAUCACCAACAAGUUCACACUCUACUGCUGAUGACAGCUACGAAUUGAAGAACAAGCUUAGAGAACUCGAGAUUUCGUUGUUGGGGCCUGAUUCAGACAUUGUUGACAGUUGCCACUGCUCCUACAAGGGUGGUUGCCACGGAGCAUCUCCAAUGGCUAAAUACAAUUGGGAUCAGAUUGUGGAAAUGAUUCCAAAAUUAAACUUGAAAGAAGUCCUCAUUCGGUGUGCACAAGCCGUGGCUGAUGAUGAUAUUGAAACAGCAGUGGGAUUUAUGAACAAUGUAUUGGCAAAGAUGGUAUCAGUUGGGGGUGAUCCAAUUCAGAGGUUAGGUGCUUACAUGUUGGAGGGUCUAAGAGCAAGGUUGGAGUCUUCAGGGAGCAUAAUCUACAAAGCCUUGAAAUGUGAACAACCAACAAGCAAUGAUCUCAUGACUUACAUGCACAUCCUGUACCAGAUUUGCCCAUAUUGGAAGUUUGCUUACACAUCUGCAAAUGCUGUCAUUGGAGAAGCAAUGCUAAAUGAAUCAAGAAUUCGCAUAAUUGACUUCCAAAUUGCACAGGGGACUCAGUGGUUGUUGCUUAUUCAGGCUCUUGCAUCUCGUCCAGGUGGACCACCUUUCGUUCACGUAACCGGUGUUGAUGAUUCCCAAUCAUUUCAUGCAAGGGGUGGAGGACUUCACAUUGUAGGGAAACGCCUCUCAGAUUAUGCCAAAUCUUGUGGAGUGCCAUUUGAGUUCCACAGUGCUGCAAUGUGUGGAAGUGAGGUUGAACUAGAAAACCUUGUAAUUCAACCAGGGGAAGCACUAGUUGUGAACUUCCCUUUUGUUUUGCACCACAUGCCAGAUGAGAGUGUGAGCACAGAGAACCACAGAGACAGGCUAUUGAGAUUGGUCAAAAGCUUGUCACCCAAGGUUGUGACACUUGUUGAGCAAGAAUCCAACACCAACACUUCUCCCUUUUUCCAAAGGUUUGCUGAGACCUUGAGUUACUACACUGCUAUGUUUGAGUCCAUAGAUGUGGCCCUCCCCAGAGAUGAUAAGCAAAGGAUCAAUGCAGAACAACACUGCGUGGCUCGCGACAUUGUUAACAUGGUAGCUUGUGAGGGGGAUGAGAGGGUGGAAAGGCAUGAACUCUUGGGGAAGUGGAGGUCAAGAUUUUCAAUGGCUGGUUUUGCACCAUGCCCUUUGAGUUCCUUAGUCACGGAUGCAGUUAGAAAUAUGUUGAAUGAAUUCAAUGAAAAUUAUAGGCUCGAAUAUAGAGAUGGUGCUCUCUAUCUAGGAUGGAAGAAUAGAGCUAUGUGUACCUCUUCUGCUUGGAGAUGUUACUGACUCAUUGUCAUAGCCUCAUAGGUAUAUGUAUAUUUUCCUCCUUGUUAAUUUCUUCCCUUUUUUGGACACUUAGUCAUUAUUCAGUCGUAUCUUCAGUUUCUCAAUAGAACUAGCUAGUUAGAGACUUAGCUUUCUUCCAACGUGUAUCCUUUACCUUUUGUGGGUUCAGCUGAGUCUUUUAACAUUUUUGUACAUUUCAAUGCUACAUAGAAGGUAAGAGAAAACCUCAGUUAUUGACUUACCCUCUUCUGCAACUUUUUGAGUUCAAUAUAGUAGUUACUUACUUACUUUGA